AUGAGUCUCAACCCUGGGAAUGUUGUCUCCAACUUUCCAGUUCUUUAUGGCAAGAAUUGGAACCGAUGGUGUGUUCAACUGAAAGCGAUUCUUGGGUAUCAGGAUGUUAUGAACAUUGUUGAAGAAGGAUACUCACCUCUAGUGGUGAAUGCCAUUGAUGCACAGAAGCUGACACACAAGGAGAACAAGAAGAAAGAUUGCAAGGCCAUGGUGAUUCUUCACCAAUCUGUGGAUCCACCUCAUUUUGAAAAAAAUUCAAGAGCAACAAAUUCGAAGGAGGCAUGGGAAAUUCUGGAAAAAUGCAAUGCUGGUGCUGAACAAUUGAAGAAAGUUAGGCUUCAAACAAUGAGGAGACAAUAUGAACUCAUGCAAAUGGAUGAGAAUGAAAGGGUGUCUGAAUUCUUCAAUAGAAUUCUCAUCCUCACCAACUCAAUGAAAUCAUGUGGUGAGGUGAUUUCUGACCUUACUAUAGUUGAGAAGAUUCUAAGAACUCCCACACCAAGAUUCGAUCACAUUGUGGUGGCUAUUGAGGAAUCAAGAAAGAUUGAUACCGUGAAGAUUGAGGAACUUCAAGGUUCCUUGGAAGCACAUGAGCAAAGACUAAAUGAACGAAAUGGUGGCUCUAGGGGCAAAUCUGGUCAGAAAUAUCGAGGAAGGGGAAGAAACUUCAGAGGGAGUUCUGAAAGAAAUUACAGUAAUCAUGAGAAUAUCAAGGCUAGGUCAGAUCAACCUGAAUCUUCUAUCAGAAGAGGAGGGUUCAAGCAAUUCAAAGGCAAGAAAUCUGUUGAUAAAAGGAAAGUAAAGUGUUACAGCUGCAACAAUUUUGGACAUUAUAGUUCAGAAUGUCAUGCUUCCAACCGCAGUGAUGAUCAUAGGAGAAAUCUUGAUGCAAAUGCUAAUCUGGUCAAGGAAGAAACAACAGAUGAUGAAGAUCCAUGCAGAUUACUCAUGAUGAUAACAAAAAAUGAUGUUACAAGUGAUGAAGUAUGGUAUCUUGAUUCAGGAUGUUCAAACCACAUGACUGGUCAUAAAGAAUGGCUUGUAAAUUUUGAUGAGUCAAAGAAAACCAAGGUUAGAUUUGCAGACAACAGAACUGUUGAUGCUAAGGGCACUGGUGAUCUCUUAAUCAGAAGGGAAGAUGGCAAGAAGGCCCUGAUAACUGAAGUUCUGUAUGUUCCAGCCAUGAAGAGUAAUUUGAUCAGCAUUGGGCAGUUAUUGGAGAAAGGUUUCAACAUGAACUUGCAACAUGUAAUUCUUGAUGUUUAUGAUGACACAGAAAAGAAGAUCUUGAGUGCACCUCUAACCAGAAACAGAACUUUCCAAGUCAAGUUUGGAGCAUUUGAUGCAAAGUGUUUCAAUGCAGAAAAAAUUACUGAUGAAACUUGGCUAUGA